AUGUCGAUAUUCGGAUCCCGAUCCCAACAUCGAAACACAAAUAAUCACAACUCUUUGCCGGCAUCAUCUGUGGCUAGAGCUAGCUCUAGCUCUCACCCUAAUACAAUUAUCUCAGGUUCUUCCUUCCUUCCAACUUUAUUUCCCAGACACCGUUCACCGCGCCCUCAGCCACCUUUAAACUUCUCCAGAUGGAGCUCCACAAGUAUUCCUGACGGUGGCUGGGCAUGUGAAGACUUCAUGGUUGGAGUCGGCAUGGUAGUGAUUCAACCUACGACGAACAAGAUGGUUUUGCUUUAUGACCAUUCCGGUUUGAAGGGAGGGUGUUAUUUUCUUCCGAAAGGAAGGAAAGAUCUAGGGGAGACGUUGCAGCAAGCAGCGUUGAGGGAAGCAUAUGAGGAGUCUGGAUUUGAAGUCGACCUCCUUCCUCUGUACAAACACUCUCGUCAACCCAUCCCACCGGCCGAUCGUGCAGAUGGGUGGAAGCCAGAUACUGAACCAAUCUAUAUGACUGUACGGAAGUGGGGACCGAAAGUUCGACAAGGCAAACUAGUUAAUUCUGGAGGGGAGUACUUCGUUUCAUGGUUCGUUGGUCAGAUAGCAGAGAACGCGGUUCAACACAAAGGUGUUGGGAUGCCUGACGAACAAGCCUUCGAAUCAUACCUCUUCUCCUUUGACGAAGCCCUGAAUAUGAUCAACCCUGAAGAAAGACCUGUUGUUAUAUAUGCACAACAUCUAUAUCAACAGCAUUUCAGAAUUGCGGCUGAAUUUGAGAAGCGUAGAGCGAAAGAUCAGCACCUUGAAGGCACAGAACGUGUAGCUGUGGACAACGAGACACAUUACGCGGGAGGAUCCUCUUCAAAAUUAGAUUCUGACGCUUAG